AUGGAGAAUGAGAACAGGAGACGUUAUGUCUGUCAAGUUUGCCCAAGAAGCUACACGCAAGUGGGACACCUUCGUCGCCACGAACGAAGCCACAAGGACGAGGAACCCGACUUCAAGUGCCCGUUCUGCCAUGGAAAGUUCACUCGAUCAGAUGCUGUCCGCCGACAUUCCAAGACGUGCUGCCACGCGCAUGGAAGGCCGCUCCCCGUGACGUCUAAACCAGGCCGCAGGUACCACGCCUGUGACUGCUGUGCCCAGUCCAGGAUAGGCUGUGACGGCCGGCUCCCAUGUUCUUCUUGCUGGGCUCGCAAGCAGCUCUGCACGUACAGCCGGGUGUCAGAGAGCCUGCCCACUGGAAGCAGAGCCAACGGGUCCCCAAGCCUUCUGGAUGUUGCCUUGGAAUCCGGCCGGCGGGGGCACGCGGACCUUGAUCCUCGAGCAGAUAUGGGUCUGACGGUAUGCGCUGUGGAGAUCAAGUUCCCACACGACUCUACACACCGGAAAUCAUCCCGAGUUACCACCGUGACUUUCCUACUGCACUAUACUAAUCCGCGGAAUGACAACAUCCAAGACUACUUCAUGUCGCCUUCCUCGCUAUCACACAAGGCGGCUGUGGUCGAGAGCGACGGAGUCAUGAUUCAGGACCAAGGCAGAGACAUUCUCCAGCCCUGGAUCCCUACGCAAGAUGGCAUGGGAGGGGCCUCGACCGAAGAACUCCGCGACCUGGACCUCGUUGGCGAAGUCGACUUCUGGGUAGCGGACCGGCUGGAUAGUCCCUGCGAGUGGCUACCGCAUCACGGGACAAAUUCCGACAGCAGCCUAGACCAGCUACAGAUAAACCUGUGCAGCAUCUCCUCAGCAUUGUGCGCAACCAGUAAAGGUCAACUCUCAUUCACCGCUUAUUCCAUGCUCGUCGAGGCAACCGAGUUCAUCUUUGCACCGCAGAGGGCCCGCACGUUUGUCAAAUCCUACUUUGACAACUGGCACCCGCACUGUCCGAUGCUGCACCCUGCGUCUUUUGACUUUGCGCACGCCUUCCCUCCUCUCUCUGCGGCCGUCAUUCUUAUGGGGGCCUCUUUCUCAUCUGAGAAGGCUGCCAUGGCGGCCCAGAUCUGCCUGGACGCCGCAGAGGAGUACAUUUUUGGCCACCAGGACUUUCUACAGCUUGUCGAUCCGGCCUGUGGGGAGAAGCCGCUCCUAGAUGCCACACCUCUUCAGGCGGCGUUUAUUGUUGUUCUGUUGCAGCACUGGAAUAACCACGGUACGGCUUGGAGGCAGAUCCGCCAGCACAGGUACCCCGAUAUUAUUCGGGCAGCGCGGAACAUGGGCCUCCCAUCACUCAGACACCAGGGUUGCUUGCAUGGUGAGGCAUCGGAUGUAGCUGUAGGUGAGCGCUGGGGGACCUUUAUCAAGACAGAGGAGUCCAUCAGACUCAUGAACUACAUCUUCCUCGUCGAUUCUUCUCAGGCCAUCUUUCACCGGACUCGCCCUUUUCUUGCGCUGUCUGAGUUGACUGGCUCGUUCCCGUGCUCUGAGCACUUAUUUGCCCACCGGUUCACCGACUCUCAAACUCCCCACAACCCGAGAGAGCCUUCUGGCGAGAUGACGUCUAUAGUGGACGGCGUUGCUCUCCUUAUGCGGGAAGUCUGGACAAGUGAUAUCCCAUCUCGAUUUGGACAACUCAGCUACCUGGAUUUGUUCAUUCUAGUAUCUGGUUCGUAUUGCAAAUCUUUGCUGUUCCAAAACCAGCACCCCGCUCUCAGGGCUUCGCGUUCUACGGGCUAA